UACUAGAGGAGGGAAACCCAGUGAGGCCCCUUCCUCUGAAAUGCAGCACAUGCCUCCGUUUAGCACGGGUCACUGCCACUAACCCCCCAUCCAAACACGUUAUACAACUGCAUGUGUUACCAUGGCAACAUGCAUGUUGUCCUACAAAUAACUACCUCUAUAUUAGAGCUGCAAAUAUUUUAUGACACAAAUCUGGUACAUCAGCACAGGUGGAGACAAAGUCUUUAUUUUUUUAAAACUUCUCUUAUUUUUCAUUUUUAGAGAAUAGCAGCAGAUCUUUGGCUCUUCCAGGAUUUACACAUUCCUUCUGACACAUUGCUGUUUUUCUAGAAAAUCUCUGAAAUCUCAGAAACUUCAUUGAUAAAACUUUAGGAGUUUUGAAACUCAGAAAAUGUUGCCUCUGAUUUACACACUUCUUUUUCUCCAAGUGUGUUUCUGGAAAAUGUCUGUGAUUAACCUCAGAAAAAUCCUGGAAAGAAAAAAGUUGGAAUAUUUGGAGUUCCUUUUCAAUUUUUAAACCUUAGAAAUUUUUUCAAGUUUUAUUAAGUCAAUUUCUGAGAUUAAUUUAAAUAUUAUUAUUUAUUUAUUUAUCUAUUUAUUUAUUUUGGUGAAAAUGUAGUCCUCCAUUUUUUCUGUCUACAUUGGCUCUAAUGUGCCGUUUUGUUGUAGGUUGUAGUUUUGUCAGAGCUGCUUUUUGAUGGUUAAAAGUUAAAAAUGAGGCUGAAGUCAUGAUGUUUCUCCAGAAGCAGCAGCGGUGGGGCGGGUCGCAGUCGCUGCCCCUCCCCGGGUCGCUGCGGCUCUCAGACAGCUGCAGCUUCAUUUCCUCCUCUCUCUGUCUGGACUUUCCCCGACUCUGUCUCCGUCUCUCUAUCUGCGCUCUGCGGUUCGUCGCUGCUUUCAGGACCGGCUGCAGGGAGCGAGGCCGGGAUCCGCCGCUUCGGCUGGAAAUUGGGGACGAGGAGGAAGAGGAGAUAAAUGCGUGAAGAGGAAGAGGAGGAGGACGGUCUGAAGAGCGAGCAUGCCGGGCGCGUUGGAGCUGCUGCUGCUGUCCCUGCUGGUCCUGUCCACCGGAAGUGAUGUCAGGAGGAAGAGAGGACUCUCCCAGAAGGACUACGAGUACCCGAGCCACCCGCAGUCCGCGCAGCACCAGAAGAACGACCGGUGCCCACCGCCGCCCCAGAUGCUGCCGGACCGGGCCUGCGAUGUUCCCGGCUGCCGCUCCGACUCCGAAUGCGAGCGCCACAAACGCUGCUGCUACAACGGCUGCAUCUACGCCUGCCUGGAGUCCGUCCAGCCCCCACCGGUUCUGGACUGGCUGGUUCAGCCCAAACCUCGAUGGCUGGGAGGAAACGGCUGGCUGCUGGACGGACCGGAGGAGGUUCUGCAAGCGGAAGCGUGCAGCACCACGGAAGACGGAGACGAGCCUCUUCACUGCCCCACAGGCUACGAGUGCCACAUCAUCAACCCCGGGAACCCCGCCGCUGGCGUCCCAAACCGGGGCCAGUGCAUCAAGCAGCGCGCAAACUCCGAUGGACGAGGUUUGAGGCACAAAUACUUUAAGGACUACAAGGACUACUUGGGAUCCAGUUCCAACAACGCAGUGGGCUACGAGAAGCAUAAUCACAAACAUCUCGGAUGAAGACAUGUUGGAUUUUAUUUUCUUACAGUCAGCAUGAAAAAGCUUAGGACCAGAAAAUAAAAUGACAGUUGUUAGCUUGUUUAUUGUCGUCGUGUUGCAGAGCUUCAAAAUGCAAAAAGACAAAACAGAGAGAACAAAACACUAAGACCUGUUCAUCAGCUGAUCAGAGGUUUAGUUUUAAAAAUCUCCACCUAAAUCAGUUGUAAUAUCUUCGACUGAAGCGAUUAAUCAGAUUUAUUGCAAUAAAUUUAUUAUUGAAAUAAACAUUAACUGAUAAACUGGAGUAAAUAGACUCUUUCUGAGAGAACAACACAGUCAGAGCAGAACUGUACAAAAAUAUGAACAUUUUGCAUUAAAGAUAAAAAACUUGCUUUGUCUAUAAAUCUGUUUCACCCAGAAUUCGUCGAGUGGCAGUUUCAGCUUCACCAGAUUUGAUACAAAUAUUAGAAGGAUUUUUAGUGAUGCAUCCUUUGCUACAUAUGAUCAAACAUUUACUGACGGAAUGCAGUUAUUAAGUUUUAGCUAAUAAAAUAUUGAUUUUCUUAUUUAAAAAAGGAAUUUAAUUAUUUGCUUACUUGCAGCUCUUAAAGUAUUUCUAAUAUUGUUUAAAAUAAGUUUAAGAGGUGAAAUGAAAAUUCUGCUGCUUGUGACUCGAUUAAUCAAAUGAAACAAUUCCAUAAAAAACCUGAGCAGCAGAUGAACAUCCUGCUUAGAUUCUGCUUUUUGCAGCUCUUGUUUCAGCUCUGAGAUUAAAAUCUGUUUAUUCCAGUCGUCACCUCCUCCUGUUGUUAAAACAGGAUGUUUGUUGUCAGAUCGACUUUAAUACGACCUCAGAUGUUGACCCGCUCCAGUUUGAUCUCCUCCAACCUGAACCGAGACAGAUCUGAGGUUUUUCACUCCUCCUGCCUCCUCAUCAAGCCGUCGCCCGGCGUCCUGCUAUCCAACCAAAGAAAUGCUGAAAGUGUUCAGGAAAACAAAGACGAGGCCCGAUGUCAACCAAAGCUGUUCAUAAAAAACUUUUUUGGUGUUUUCUCAUUUUUUCCCCACAAACCAUCCAAACAAACUGGUCAUGAGAGAAAACCAGGACCAUGUGGCGCUCGUCCUCCUUCUGCUCAGAGUUCGUAAAUCUGCAAAUCGUUAAACUGCAGAGAGCGAAUAAAUCCCUCUGACAUUUCUGCUUCAAACCCCAAAAUGAUCUCAGAGUCAAAAUAAUUAGCAGAAUAAAUCCCAGAUGAGUCGGAACAGAGCAGCUGGGGGUUUUUAUCAGUUAUUAAAGGUUUUUGGGUAUAGUAAAUAAUAAAAUAUGAAUUAUAAACAUGCAUGAAUAAAGUUUGGCGUAUAUCCAUAGUUUUGUUUUAAAAGAAAGUAUUAGUUGCUAGAUCAAAACAAGCUGCAGUAAUAUUUUAACAAACAUCUGAUCAGUUGUUUACGUUCUAACAAGGACAUAAACGUGGAUAUUAUUUAGUAAGGUAAUAAAACUUCUGACAGUGUUGCUCAGAAAUGAUGACAGAGAGGAAGAAAUUUUCAGUAAUAAAUCUGAACAUUUAUUUACUUUUAUUUUCGAACUGAAGCAGCUUUAUGCUCUGUUCAUAUGGUGCUCUGGUUUUUACUGCCAAACAGAAGAAUAAGCUGAGAACUAAUUGAAUGUUUCUCUCUGACUGGUGCUGUGUUUUACUUUAAUAAACCUUACGACUCAAA